UAUAUUAUUAUGUGUUUACAUGAUUCCUGUUUCCAUUCCUAAUCUAUCCUCAUUUUCUUCCGGGGUUUCCUCUUUGUUAUCAUGUUCUCUCAAUUCUGAUCAUCUUGUGUGUUCACUGAAUCUCUUUUUCUGUCUCAACGUUUUUGUUUAUCUUCUUUCGCUUCUGGGGUUUUCCUUUUUAAUUCCUCAUUGUUUUUAAAUCUUUUCUCUAGUUUUCUAUGUUUUAUUAUUAUCUCUGAUUCUCCCUCGACUUCCUCUAUCACAUGGUCUUAGUUUUUUUUCUUAACUUCCCCUUUCUCUCUAAACCUGAUUCUCGAUUCGCUGAGUUUUCUAAAAACCUUUUAAUCAGAUUUUCUGUUGUUGUUUAUUUCUAGUUUUGUACAAACGCUCAGCGAGUUUUUCUUCUGGUUUAUUGGAAUUGUCCUGAUUAUCGUUCAUCAUAUUGGUUGUUUUCUAUUUGUUUCGACUUGUUCCAUCCACUAUCCAAGAGGCUUCAAUUCACUAUGACCCAAAGUGAUUCGGAUGAUGAUAUGGACACUUUUGAGGUCGAUUACGAUGAAGAUGAUACUUGUGAUUAUGAUCAUUACUAUCGGAUGAGUGAACUAGAAAAUGAACUGGAUUAUCUUCAGGGUGAUGCUAAACACAAUGAUCCUGAAUACUUUGACUAUGAAUGUUUACCAGUCCAAAAAGUUGACAAAUUGUUUAAAGAUGCCAUUGAUUAUCUUUGUCAAUCACUUCAAAUUAACUCAUCCGAAGCAAAGGUUUUAUUGUAUCAAAAUAAAUACGAUGUUGAUAAAAUAAAGGAGAAAAUCACUAAAGGUGAAAUGAAUGGUUCGAAAAACAGUCCAUCGGAUCAAAUAGAUUCCAAUAUUUAUAUGAACGGGAGUUCGAAUGGUCAAAUUGGUUGGACAGAUUCUUCAAGUUUCAUGACUUGUGUUAUUUGCCUUAGACCGCAAUUAACUUGCACAUUUAUUGGACUUUCAUGUGGUCAUCGUUAUUGUCGAGAAUGUUGGACAUGUCACAUUGAGACCCAAGUUACACUUGGAGCUUCAAUUGGAAUUGAAUGUAUGGCCUCCAAGUGUCACGAACUGAUUCCUGAAGAAUUUGCUCUUGCUAAUAUACGAAAAAAUUGUCUCCGAGAAAAGUAUUCAAAGUUUCCAUUCACCGAAUAUGUUAACUCUCAUCCAGAGCUUCGUUUCUGUCCUGGCCGCAACUGUAAUAUAAUAAUUCGAGCGCAAGAAAACAAAUCGAAAAGGGUCAUUUGUGUACAAUGUAAAACGAGCUUCUGUUAUAAAUGUGGUUGCGAUUAUCAUGCUCCAACCGAAUGUUCUGUGAUCAAAAAAUGGUUAACCAAAUGUGCCGAUGAUUCGGAAACUGCCAAUUAUAUUUCCGCGAACACCAAAGAUUGUCCCAAUUGUAGUAUAUGUAUUGAAAAGAAUGGCGGUUGUAAUCACAUGCAAUGUGUUACCUGUAAACAUGAUUUCUGUUGGAUGUGUUUAGGUGAUUGGAAAGCUCAUGGAAGUGAAUAUUAUGAAUGCUCAAGGUACAAAGAAAAUCUAUCGGCUAUCAAAGAAUCGGCAAAUGUCCAAGCUCGAGAAGCUCUUAAAAAGUAUCUCUUCUAUUACGAAAGAUGGGACAAUCAUGCGAGAAGUUUACGAUUGGAAGAACAAGCAUUGACCGAUAUUAAAGAUCGAAUCCAACGGGAGGUAAUGUCCAACAAGGGAACUUGGAUCGAUUGGCAAUACCUUCUCGACGCCGCUUCUUUAUUAGCCAAGUGCCGUUACACUCUACAAUAUACUUAUCCUUAUGCCUACUUUAUGGAAACCGGACCAAGGAAACAAUUGUUCGAGUACCAACAAGCCCAAUUAGAAGCGGAGAUUGAAAAUCUCUCAUGGAAAUUGGAAAGAGCAGAAACAACUGACCGAGGAGAUUUAGAAAAUCAAAUGGACAUCACCGAGAAGAGAAGAGCAACUUUACUUAAAGAUUUUCUCGCCGAUUAACAUUAAUCUUAAUUUUCUUUCCUCUCUUCUCUAAGCAUUUAAACUUUAUUUUGAUUAUGAGAAACAACAUCCUCUUAAUCAAAAGGCUUGACUUCUCUUCCGUUAUCUUCCUACUCUCUCUCUCUCUCGGUCUCUCUUCCUCUCUUCCUCUCAUCCUCCCGUUAACCCUUUUAACCAACAAAAAAAUCCAAGUUACUAACAUUAGAUAUUGUUAACUUAUAUUAUCUUUGCCCUCAUCCAACCUGUUUAAAUGAUUUUCAACCCACUAGACCGGCUUCAAUUAGUUGUAUUUACUUUUAAUCACAUCUUGCCUUUAAUUUUUAGUUAAUUGUGAUGAAAUUAACCAUUACAAAGGAUGAAACUGAUUCCAAUUACAUUAAAGAGACCAAUGAAGUGAAUCAACUGAUUAAGGACCAAUUAAGCGAGACACAAGAUGAAUCCAUACCAGCCAAAUACUGGAAUAAAUCAACUAAAAGCAAUAAUUUAAUUACAUUAUUAAUAUCAGUCAAUUGCUAAAGAUUAUCUUAUUCCAGUAACAAUUGACUAACACUAUUUUAUAUUGUUAAAAUUAAGUCAGCAUUGAUUUCUUUUGCUGAUAUGAAUCAAUCCAACAAUCAAAAUCAACUAGAACAAAAAAAACAUUUAACUUUAAUUAAUUUUACUCUCACUCAUAAAGAGAUAGAGGAAACUCCAUAUUAACUACGGUUUGAUGAAACAAUGAUUUCGAAAACAAUUAAUCCUCUGUAAAUUGUAAUUCCAAAUAAUAUUUUCUGUUAAUAUUUAAUCAAAACAAUUAAACUCUAAUAUAAAUAA